AUGGUCAGCGCGCCCAGCGGGCCCAGGUGCCAAACCAAAAGGGAUGGCCCCGGAGCCCAGCGCGGAAAAAAAGAGAGUCGAGAAACAAUAGUGCUGGCACUGGCACUGGCACUGGCACUGGCACUGGCUCUGGCUCUGGCUCUGGCUCUGGCUCUGGCUCUGGCUCUGGCACUGGCUCUGGCUCUUUGGCCCGAGUGGGCUGGCUGA